AUGGAAAAGGCGACUGCUGUUGACCAGGUCACAGCGACCAGUGGCAUUAAUCGUGAUGCCGAAAGAGCGAUGGAGUUGAACGAGGGUGUCAAUCACCCCUCUGAUGAUAAGGCCAGUCUUUCUGAUGCAGACUUAGCCGAGUUUCAGGGUGGUGUCCAGCGAGUGAGAGCAAUCACUGCCUCAUGGGACAAAAAGACACUCAUUCUCAUGUUCAUUCUACUCUACCUCGUGUCAUUCGUAGAUGCGAUGUUGUCCUCUGUCCAGAGUUCUCUGAACCCCUAUAUUACUUCUUCAUUCGACAGUCACGGCCUGCUCCCGGUUGUCAGCGUGGUUUCCACCAUUCUGGGCGGUUCUUCCAAAUUGACUCUGGCCAAGAUCAUUGACAUCUGGGGUCGUGUGGAAGGAUUCUUGUUCAUGCUCCUCAUAAUCGUUAUCGGUCUGAUCAUGAAGGCUACAUGUACAAGCAUGGAGAUGUAUACCGCCGCACAUACUCUAUACUGGGUCGGCCACAUCGGUCUUACUUACGUCGUUGAGAUCAUGUUGGCCGAUAUGACCACUCUCAGGAACCGUAUGAUUAUGCUCGGUAUCAACGGCACGCCCGGUAUUGCUACCACCUUUGCCGGCCCGAAGGUCGCAGCUCUGUUCUAUGCUAACCUCAACUUCCGCUGGGCGUUCGGAGCCUUCUGUAUCAUCCUAGUUGGAGUUUGUAUUCCUGUAGCCGUUGUGAUGCUAUGGAUGCAGCGCAAGGCCGAGAAAAACGGCAUGUUGGAAAAAGAGCAUUCCGGGCGCUCGUGGUGGCAAUCGAUUGCCUAUUACUUUGUUCAAUUUGAUGUGAUUGGAAUCAUCUUGAUCACUGCAGCGUUUUCUCUGAUUCUCCUCCCCUUCAGCAUCAAUUCUUAUGCCCCCAAGGGCUGGGCCAGUGGAUAUAUCAUUACCAUGGAAGUUAUCGGUGUGGUUUGUAUUCCCGCAUUCUACGUUUGGGAGCGAUACUUCUCGCCGGUGCAGUUCCUCCCUUGGAAGUACCUGAAGGAGCCAACAAUCAUUGGCUCAUCGCUCCUGUACGGUGUUAUGUUCAUCUCAACCUUUACAUGGAAUACAUACUUCAGUUCUUAUCUCCAAGUUGUCAACAGACUGGACAUCACCACAGCCAAUUACGUGCUGAAUGCUUACUCCCUGACAUCCUUCAUCUUCAGUCCUAUCUUCGGCCUGGUGAUUCGCUACACUGGAGAAUUCCGAUGGACAGCAAUGGCAGGAAUUCCAAUCUUCCUCCUUGGUACCGCCCUCUUGAUCCCCUACCGCCAACCAGGAACCGACGUCGGCACCCUCACAAUGACACAAAUUCUCGUCGGAUUGGGCUCCUGUAUGUUCACUGUCUGUGGGCAGAUCGCCAUUAUGGCUACUGUAACUCACCAGGAAGUGGCGGUUGUAAUGGCCAUCUGGGGCCUGUUCGGUUCGAUCGGUGCAGCCGUCGGUUCUGCAAUUGCCGGUGGAAUGUGGAACAACAUGUUGGAGGGCGAACUUUACAACCGUCUCCCGGCCGACAGCAAGAGCAAGGCCGCGAGCAUCUACCACGACUUGGUGACACAGAUGUCGUAUGCAGACGGAACUCCCGAGCACACUGCUAUUGUUGGUGCCUACGGUGAUGUCCAGAGAAAGAUGGUUAUUGUUGGAGUUUGUAUCACUCCUCUUUGCAUUCUUUGCACUUGGUUCUGGCGCAAUGUCAAUGUCAAGAAGCUGUUCAAGGAGCAGACUUCUGGAACCAUCUGGUAG